CACACACACACACACACACACACACACACACACACACACACACACACACACGCAUUCCUGACAGCCCAUUGGUCCGCAUUCCCUGUGUGCUGCCACAAUACUGCACACACGUGACCUCCCUGUUUUCACCCAGUUGGACGCGUGUACUUAAAACACAGGCCACUACUAUUCACGGACACACACACACACAUACACACACGCACGAUUAACGCAAGAUCGAUAUGGCAGCGAGGUGAGACCGUUACCGCGGCGGGGGGACUCGGAUCACCGGGAGCGGACCAUGGCGGCCGCCACGAGCAGCGGCGCGUCCACGCUACGGAUGAAGCACCCCGGCGGCGAACCCACGCGGAAACGCAUCGACCCGCGCAGGAGGCAAGCGGCGCUGUCCUUUCUCAGCAACAUCUCCCUGGACGGGCGACCCGUGCAGGACGAGGCGGACGACCCCAACGAGGAGGACGACGACCCGCCCGAGGCUCGGACUAGACGCAGCCUGGCGCCCCCGGAGGGCUCGGUAGCGUGCGACGCUGCCGCCGCCGCGGUGGAGGCGGCGGAGGCGGCAGCGGCCGCGGAGGAGGAGGAGGAGGAGGAGGAGGAGGCGGAGGAGGCGAAGGAGGCGGCGACCACGGCCGCCCAGGCGCUCGCUUUUGCCAACCAGGCUCUCCUCUCCGGCGGGCGGGCCGGGUUCGGGGCGGCCGCGGACGCGGGGGGCGACGCGUUCUUGCCCGCGCCGCUCAGCUCGCCGUUCUCCGCGGUGCCGGCAUCGACCCGAGGGAGGCUGCAGACGUACACGCAGGGCGUCCUGCCUGCGCCCUUCUCCAGGCAAAGCUCGCAGACCUACAGCCUGGACGGAGUUCUGAUCGCCAACUCUGCGAUGGAGCUGCAGCGCUCGAGACGGAGACUCAUCUCUCAGCGCUCUUCGCUCGAAACGCUGGAGGACAUUGAGGAGAACGCUCCUCUUCGCAGAUGCCGAACCCUGUCGGGUUCCCCCCGACCGAAGAGCUUCAAGAAGAUCCACUUCAUAAAGAACAUGAGGCAACACGACAUUCGCAACGGAAGGAUAGUCCUUAUCAGUGGCAGAAGAUCCUUCUAUAGUGUAUUUUCUGUGCUGCCCUAUCGAGAUUGUAGCCAAGCAGGGGAUGUCAAGUUGGAGGGAGGAGGGCGUCAGCGGCACCCGUCGGGAGGCGUCAGCGCCAAGGAGAUGGUCAUCGGGCUCGAGGGAGUGGAGUUGGGGGCUGAUGGGAAGACCGUGUCCUACACCCAGUUCCUGUACCCCACCCACGCGCUGGGGGGCCGGAGGAACACCAUCGACUCCACGGCGUCCUUCUCCCAGUCGCGCAACGCCAGCCACCGGAGCCUGAGCUUGGGCCGGGCCAACAGCAACCAGAGCAGCUUGGACACAGGGAACGACCUGGGCGACUUCCGUGAGUAUGACCCCAACCUGCUGGAUGACCCGCAGUGGCCAUGUGGGAAACACAAGAGAGUCCUGAUCUUCCCGUCGUACAUGACUACGGUCAUUGAAUACGUGAAACCCUCUGACCUCAAGAAGGACAUGAACGAAACCUUCAAGGAGAAGUUCCCCCACAUAAGGCUCACACUGAGCAAGAUCCGGAGCUUGAAGCGGGAGAUCAAGAAGCUGGCCCAGGACGAAUGCAGCUACGAGGAACCGACCGUGGCCAUGGCGUUCGUCUACUUCGAGAAGCUGGCGCUUCAAGGCAAACUGAACAAGCAGAACCGCAAGCUGUGCGCCGGCGCCUGCGUCCUCCUGGCCGCCAAGAUCGGCGGCGACCUGAAGAAGCACGAGGCCAAGCUCCUGAUAGACAAACUGGAAGAGCGGUUCAGAGUGAACCGCAGGGAGCUGAUAGCCUUCGAGUUCCCGGUCCUGGUGGCGCUGGAGUUCAACCUGCACCUGCCGGAACACGAGAUCAUGCCGCACUACAGACGCCUCCUGCAGACCUCCUAGCGCCGGCGACCCAGCCGAUGGGAGGACGACCAGCGGGUUCUUCUUCUUCUGCUGCUUCUUCUUCUUCUGCUGCUGCUGCUCCUCUGCAACCAGGCGGGCCGAAGGUACCUGCCGGUUGCCUCUCGACCCCCCCCCCGACCCCACCCCCCCCCCCCGCCCGAGAUCAGCCGAACGCACGAGUCCAAAACCGCCAUCGCUUUGACAUUCAUCAUCAUCAUCAUCAUCACUACGCAGGCUGCUGAAGAAAAACAACAACAACAAAAAGGGUCGAAACGCUCUGCAAACGGGUUCUUUUUCUAGUUUGCAUGUUUUUAAGUCCUCAGCUUCACUUUGUACAUUUUACAACUCUCUUGUUGAUUAAGAGAGCUUUUUUUUUUUUUUUUUUUUUUUCACUCAGUUUUAGCAACUGACGAUUGUAAAAUGUUUAUCAUCUCCUUUUUAAUUAAUCUCUCUUUUAAACAAAGUGGCUUCGUUUUGGCCGGACUUCCUCAGAGUCACUCCUCUUUUCGCAAGUCGUCGUCUUAAAAUUGCACUUUUUGAUUAUUGUGAAAAAAUAGGGGGGGCGGGGGGGACAUUUUUUUUCAGAGGUAUAAUAAGCUAACCCUGAAAAAGAAUCUUAGGUCAUAAAGAUCACAAUAAUUUGAAUGGACCGUUUGAAUUUUUCUCACAUGGUAUAUUCACAAUUUCUAGCCUCAGCCAUCUGCAUGAAAAGUGUUGAUUGCUUGCAGACUAAAUGGGACUUCCUAUUUUCACUGAAGUAUCCCAUUGAUUUUUCUACCGGUCAAAUGCUCGCUAUGGAUGUACAGAGACCAGACCCACUUUUAUCAACGUCAAAGUUCCUGUGCUCUAUGUUAGAGUGUAUUGCUAGCCCAUUUACGGCGCUACAGCGGGGUCGGGAAGGUAGUUUAAGGGGGUUUUUAUGAGUGCAAGAAUGCCAUUGGACCGCGAUCAGGAUUAGCAGCGUGGUGCUGUUAAGGGAGAACGUGGACGUCGAGUUCAGGGACACUGACCUGACCUCUAAUGUCAAAUCUAAACGACAUCCGCAACAUGGAUCUAUGAUGAAUUCAACAUUUGCAUAAACCUUCAAUCAGUAUUAGUAUGAUUUAAAAAGCUAAAUUGUUUGGGGAAAAAAACUGAAAAUUGCCAACCAAUUUCAAUAAUACUGUUCCAUUCAUUUGGCAUGUAGCACAACUUUGAUUUUCUUUUCCUUUAUUUUAAAAUCUUGAAAUUGUGUCACACAAUACCACAGAGUAUUGAAGUGGGGGGGGGGGGGGGGGGAAGUAUUUAAUGCUGCUCCAAGUAUUGAUGAUAUUUUAGGUGAAAUGAACACAACAUUAAACCAAAUUGUGUGCAAGAAUUGUGCUGAUUUAAGAUGAAAAAAAAAAAAAAAAAACGGAUCAGAUUUGUGUUUGUAAACCCAAA